AUGGCCAGUGCCCGCCCAGCCCAUGCUGCUGCUGCCACUCGGCACCCUGCCGAGGAUGACAUCGGGAAGGGACACGAGCCGCUCCGCCUCCGCCUCCCCUCUUCCCCAUCCGCGCGAGGAGCAGCCACCGGCGGGCUGCUAUUUCCCCACCGCCUCCUCUGGUCCUCCAUCGAGCAGGACACGAGCCGCCUUCUCCAGUCUUCCCUCGAGCAGGACCCGAGCCGCCCUCCUCAAGUCUUCGCUCGCCAGAUCCAAAAAAGGAAGGCCAAGUCUAGUGAUCCUAAGUGGAAGUAUGGCUUCUGGCCAGAAAUUGGCAAUAGAGAUUUGGUUGAGUGUAUCCUUUGUGGAACGAGAGUAAAGUCUGGAAUCAAGAGAUUGAAGGAGCAUCUUGUAGGUGGAUAUGGAGAUGCUCUCAAAUGUGAGAAGACAACAACAGCAAUUGCUGCUGAAAUGGAUGCAGCACUAGUUAUGGGAAGACGAAGGAGAGCGCUAAACCUAGAUGAUGAUGAUGGUGUUCAAGUGGUGGAGAUUCAAAACAAUGUUAAUGCUUCCUCUCAGUCAUCUGGUACAACUGUGCAACAUCCAAGUUCAGGGACAGCAUCCAAAAGGAAGCAAUCUACUCUCAAAUUUGCAUCUGUACCACCUAGACCAAAAGAGAAGAAGUCAGUGAUUACCAUGCUUCGGAAAAAACCUGAAGAAGUGGUUGAGGAAAGGCAUUCUAAGAAUGGACCUGCACAAAGCAGUGUGGAGGGAAGGAUCAGGACCAAGGAAGAAAGAGAUGAAGUCAAUAUGCAUGUGGCCAAUUUCUUCUGA